GGUGAGGAACGAGCUGUAUGGGGCGAGGCUGUUGCAUACAGAAGUACUCGCUUCAGCCCGCUGUCUUCCAAGCCUGCCUUCCCCCGGGACUUUUGGGGUGAUCUGUGCACGGCCAAGCCGAGCUCAGUAGAUGCCGGUGAACUGCUAACCAAGAGUUUAGCUAAUACAAUCCGUUCCACAAUGUCUGAUUUUGCCAUCUCUUGCUUCCUUUACUAUGCACUGGUUGCACUGGUUGAAAUGUAGCUUCAAAUAUUUAAGGACUUAUAGUAAAAUGGAACAAUUAAGCUACCAAAGCUGCAGUUUCUCAGAUUAAGUUCUUAGCUGAAAAUGUGCAUGUAGAAUUCAGCAUUUAGAAUGCCUUUCUUACCCAACUACAGAAAGAAUUCUUCUGGUUCCUUCUACCAAAGAUGAAGCAGGAAGCUUUCCGAACAGCAGCCUAUACUGUGGAAUGUAAGGAUUAUGUGCAUGUGGUAGAAUUCAAUCCAUUUGACUGUGGCACUGCAGAAUCACUCAUUGCAUAUGGCGGCAAUAAUUACGUAGUUGUCGGGACUUGCAGAUUCCAGGAAGAAGAUACAGCAGUGGAAGGAAUACAGUAUAAAACUCUCAGGACUUUUCAACAUGAAAGCAGAGUUGAUGCCAUUGUGUGGAGCCCAGAAACUAGACUGGAUGCUGUACCUCCCCAUAUAAGGAAGAACCCUCUUCAUGAUAAAGCACUACAUUUGCACUCUCGUGUGCUUAAGCAACUGUCAUUAAUAUAA